GUGUGUCCAAGAUGGCGGCUAACUCCAUUGAAAGGAUGGGGCUGCUGUCUGUGCUCUGUGUGUCUCUGUUUUUCAGCAGCGCAUUUGCUGUGGAUCGGGGAAGCUUUAAAACUUGUGAUCAGAGUUCCUUCUGCAAACGUCAGCGGGCGCUCAAACCCGGUCAGUCUCCAUAUCGAGCUCUUCUGGACACUUUGGAGCUCAGUGACUCACGACUGACCCUCCAGCUCAUCAAUGAUAACAACAAGGUUCACCUGCUGCUGGAGCUCUACAGACUGCAGGGCAAUAUGACUCGGGUGAAGAUAAAUGAGCUGAAGCCUCUGAAGCCACGCUUUGAGGUGCCAGAUGUGCUCAUAGCAGAUCCUCCGACUGAGCCCCGAGAGUCAGAGGCUGAUUGUGAGCGCUCGUCCCUUUCGACUGACAUCAUGGAGGGGCCGGAGGUGCUGCUGUCCCUCAACUCUCGCGGCCUUCUAGCCUUUGAGCAUCUGCGGCUCCGUAAGGACCGUAAGGCAAAGCUCAACCAGACGGUGCUGAAGUUAAAGAAAGCGCAGAAGCAGAUCAGCAGCAAGAUGAAGGAGAAAAGGCAGAUGAAGAUGGAGAGAAUGAUAAAGAUGAAGACGGUUUGUGGGAUGAGUCAUUUAAAGCUCAUGCAGAUACCAAACCAAACGACCGUGUUUGGUAAGAUGCUGGACUUUGUUCAAGGCUCCAGUGAGACGCCACAGACAGACGUCCGCUGGAUCUCUGAGAGCGGCAUCAUUGAUGUGUUUAUCAUGCUCGGGCCCAAACCAUCAGACGUUUUCUCUCAGUAUGCCUCUCUCGCAGGCACACAGUCCUUCCCUCCCCUUGCCAGUCUGGCGUAUCACCAGUGCCGCUGGAAUUACAAUGAUCAAGACGAUGUGAAGUCUGUGGACGAGGGUUUUGACCAGCAUGACAUCCCUUAUGACUUCAUCUGGCUGGACAUUGAGCAUGCAGAUGGCAAGCGCUACUUCACCUGGGACCCACACAAGUUCCCUGAGCCAAAAGAGAUGCUGCAGGGCCUGAUGGACAAGAGACGCAAGAUGGUGGCUAUAGUUGAUCCCCAUAUCAAGGUGGACAGUGGCUACAAGAUCCACAAUGAGAUCACUAAUAGAGACUUCUACGUUAAGAACAGUGAUGGUAGAAAUUAUGAAGGCUGGUGCUGGCCAGGAAACUCUGGUUAUCCAGACUUUACCAAUCCAGAAAUGCGGACCUGGUGGGCCAGUAUGUUCUCUUAUGAUCAAUAUGAGGGCUCAAUGGAGAAUCUUUUCACCUGGAAUGACAUGAACGAGCCGUCCGUGUUUAAUGGUCCUGAAAUCACGAUGCAUAAAGAUGCUCUACAUGGAAAAUGGGAGCACAGAGACGUACACAAUAUCUAUGGACUUUAUGUGGUGAGGAAAUAUACCAGAACUCAAAAUAUAGAUCCUCAAGAGCUGGCUUUAGAAAUCAAGGCUUUCAUCAGCGGAGUCGACCAGACACAAGGACGUAAACUCAGCGUACGGGAUCAUGCUCGCUGUGCAAUACGCCUCCUUCGAACUGUCCCAGCCUGCCGUGAAGCCGUCUUGGAGCAUUUAAGGGGAGUGUAUGAUGAAUACGUUGCAUCCUUUCUACAGGACCUGGAGGCAGAGGGGGAAAAUGGUGGUAACGGUGUGAGUGGAGGAAGCAGUGCCAGCAUAUCAAAUUUAGAGGAUGUUAUUAAAGAAGUCCACGCAGUCCUCUCUGAAUUUAUCAAGCUUAGUCCUAAAGCUUGGGCUCCCCUUGUGUCCAGCUGGGCUGUAGACCUCCUUGGUCAGCUUAGCAGCAAGCAUGCAGGACGCCGGGCCGCUCCUCACUCGUCCAGCCUGAAUGAGCUGCUGCAACUUUGGAUGUCAUGUGCAGCCACUCGCUCACUAAUGGAGUGCUACUCUCAGUGUCUAGCGGCCAUGUUGGCCUGGUGUCCCGAUGCAUGUGUGGGCUUGUUGGACACCUCAGUCCAGCACUCUCCUCAUUUUGACUGGGUCGUCGCCCAUAUUGGUUCUGCUUUUCCUGGUACUAUCAUUAGCAGGGUUUUAGCUUGUGGUCUCAAAGACUUCUAUGCACACGGAUAUUCCUCUGCUGAGAAGAUCAACCAACAGCAAGCAAUAGACAAGAGUAGUAGAGUCCCUAAAAUAGGCUCAGUGGUUGGUAUCCUUGGACACUUGGCCUCUAGACAUUCAGAUAGCAUCAAGAAAGAGCUUCUUAGGAUGUUUCAGGACAGUCUGUCUGUGCCUCCACAAAAUGUACCUCAGCAUACAUCUGGAGCGGGUGGAUGGGAGAAUUCCCCUCAUCUUCGUAGGGCAACUGUACCAUUCCUGCUUCAACUGGCUGCUCUUUCCCCAACUCUCCUUGGUGCCGUUUCUACAGAGCUUGUUGAGUUUCUCAGACCACCUGUCCUAAUUCAACUGCAAGCCCAAUUCCAGGCUUUGCCCCGGGAAGAGCUUGAGAAUAUGUUGGGUCUAGCUGUGCACCUCAUAAGCCAAAGCCCUUCAGGUGGAGCAAAAGUGCUGAAGUUCCUUGCAGACACAGCAACGCCCUCUUCAGUGAUCAUAUCAGGUCCUACGCCAUCUCCCCAUGAUGGUAUUCGAGAAGCCUGUGACCGAUUACUGCAAAUGCUUCUGCUGCAUCUUCACAAGCUGGUGCACAACCGACCAGACGGUGAUGAACCUUUUCCACAGUCGUCUUCUUCUCCGGCAAUGCCGCAAGUGAUCCCAUUUCUUGAAGAGCUCCAGGCUCACAUUGCUGAUCUGUGUGCUGAAACUCUUAGACUUGAGCGGAAGCGGCACCUUUGGUUGCACCAGCUCCUUUGUCUGCUUUCAGUGUAUGGCGGCCCAAGCAUAGCCACUGAAGCUUUAUGUCAGCUCUUCACUCAAGCCCGAAAUCCAGAGGAGCUUGCGUUAGCCUCGCAAUUAUACACCCAACUUUCCACUUCACUUUGUGGAUUACUACCCUCAACAGUAGCCCGCUGUGUUGCUCAGAUCCACACACAAACUCUUGAAAUUAAAGAGUUAGCUCAGCUACUGAAUAACCUGGCUACUGCAGUACAGAGUCAAGAGGAGGAAGGAAAAAACGGAGGAGGUACAACAACUACAACAGGUAGUUUAGCACAGUCUUCAAUGGCUUCGGAAGUCAGAGUUGCCGUUUCCAGCCACCUUCAGGAUUUCUGUCCACUACUUCUGCAUGGGGAUUCACUGGUAUCCAAAGCAGCUGUCAGACUUCUCUCAUGUAGCCAGCUUCCCCGAGCAUGCUCUCCAGCUCAUCUGUUGCGCAUAUGUAGAGCUGCGGUGUCGCACUUCUUUGUGUGUUUACGGGAACAAGCGAAGAGUCCUAAUUCAGGCCAAGAGGAAGUAGGCUACUCCAGGCGACUCUUAUCACGUCUUGCGGCUUAUUCUCCUUUGUCGCAAAAAGCUGUGCUUCAACAACUGGUGGAGGGAGCUCUACACAAAGGCAACCAAGAUUUAUUUGGAGGUCUGCAAGAAAAUCCGAGUGAUGAUGCCACACAGUCCCAAAACCUUGUCCCAGACUUGGGCAUCUCCCUAUUGGAUGUCAACCGCAAAUUUGGCACGUCAGUUAACUUCUCUGGUAAUGUGUGGUCUGUUUUCCAUGCUGGAAUAAUCGGAAAGGGUUUGAAGCCUCCAUACACUCCCUUUCAUCCUGACCCAGAUCGAGUCAGUCAGAAUAUACAGACCUUGCUUGCGGUCAUGGUUCAGUGCUGCAGCUCAAGUGGAGGAAACCCUACUGGUUCUGCUGGGAGUACUGGUAGUGAACCUAAUGUUUCAGAUAAACUCCCACCAAUCAAUGCUGAAGCUGCAAAGGUAAUUGCCGUAACUCUUGUGGAGAAUAUAUGCACAGAUGUGGCAAAUGGAGAACUUUCCUGGCCUCCAGAGGAACAUGCAAAAACCACAGUUGAGCGAGAUAUACACAUUCGUCGUUGCUUUGAAAAAACCCCAGUGUUAUUUCACCUUCUCCAUGUGGUCGCAGCCGGACGUCCAGCUCUGUGCUAUUGCUCUGUUAUUUUAAGGGGUCUACUGUCCACCUUACUGGCUCACUGGGAGUCCUCAAGGGAGCCGUCAGUGUCUGACUCCCCCUGGCACCUUCAGACCUCCUGCUGGCUUGUAUCAUGUAUGGGCGAAGGUCAGCUACUUCCUCCAGUCUUGAGUAACAUCAAUGAGGUCUUCCCUCACCUCUCGCCCUUUGAAGUUCGACUGCUGCUGCUGGGCGUAUGGGAGUAUAUGCGAGGGAACAGCCCGAUGCCACAGAAGUUCACCUUCUGUGCUGACCAGGGACUUUUCUUUCGGGACUUUUCACGUGAUGGAGAUGUUGCUCGCUAUAUUGCGCCCAUCCACAGUGUUCUGCAUAAAAACAUUGACCGAUUGGGACACUUGUGCUGGAGGUUUCAAGUUUGAUGAAAAAU